UGCAGCCUCGAGGGCAACGGGGGCGCCCACUCGACCGCGCGGGGAGACCCUGGAACGUCGCUGGUCCUGGCAGCCGGCGGCGGCGCCGACGGCUUGGAGAAGAACGAUACGUUCGAGCGCCAGGUCAGACGCCUCGAGGGCGCGAACGGCCAACAGCCCGCCCAGAAGAGCUGCGCAGGCGUCAGCGCCAACAACAAAUCCCUGUACGCGCUGAUGAUGACCAUGUUGUUGUCGCUCGUCCAGAGCCGUCGGAACAUAGAGGGGGUGCUCUUCGACGUGCUGAUCGUCACAUCGGACCUCCCCGAGGUACUGAAGAUGCAGGCGCUCCAACUGCGGCAGCAGCGCAUAGGCAAGCAGAACUUCGACAAGUUGCAGGAGUUCAAGCAGCAUCUCGCGACUCUCGGGUACGACGAGACGAUGGACAUCAUUCGCUUCACCAAAGUGGACAAGUGCUACGACCAGGGCAAGCGCAGGAUCACCCUCUGCAUCGGAGAAUAUCGCAAAGAGGUGAUCGGCGCCCUUCAGCAAUUGGGCGCGGAGCUCAAGUCGGGGCGGGCCCCAGCCAGCCACAUGGAGCGCGAGCUGCAGGAGUGCCUGGAG